GCCCCCGGCCGCGGCGCUGUCUGUUCGCCCGCGGGACUCCCGCUCGGGCUGCACCGGGGUCCCUGGGGAGGCUGCCGGGCCGCCAGCCCCGAGCCUGGCUCGGCCGCCACGGCCCUCCCGCCCCGCCCUCGCCUGGACCCCCGGCCUCGGGAACUCCCUAGUGGCUCCCAUGGCCCCCAAAAAGCCAGACCCCAAGAAGGACGAUGCCAAAGCAGCCAAGGCGGCUCCCGCGCCAGCGCCCGCACCUGCACCCGAGCCCGAGCGCCCCAAGGAAGUGGAGUUUGAUGCCUCCAAAAUCAAGAUCGAGUUUACACCGGAGCAGAUUGAAGAGUUCAAGGAAGCCUUCAUGCUGUUCGACCGCACACCCAAGUGUGAGAUGAAGAUCACAUACGGGCAGUGCGGGGAUGUCCUGCGGGCGCUGGGCCAGAACCCUACGCAGGCCGAGGUGCUCCGCGUCCUGGGGAGACCGAAGCAAGAAGAGCUUAACACCAAGAUGAUGGACUUUGACACCUUCCUGCCCAUGCUCCAGCACAUUGCCAAGAACAAGGACACAGGCACCUAUGAGGACUUUGUGGAGGGGCUGCGGGUCUUCGACAAAGAGGGCAAUGGCACUGUCAUGGGUGCCGAGCUCCGCCACGUGCUGGCCACUCUAGGUGAGAGGCUGACGGAAGAUGAGGUGGAGAAAUUGAUGGCGGGGCAGGAAGACUCCAAUGGCUGCAUCAACUACGAAGCAUUCGUGAAGCACAUCAUGGCCAGCUGAGCCUCCCAUCGCAGGUGAGACCCCCCACUUCUUUCCAAACCAGCUGCGGCCUCUGCUGAGAGCAGAGAUGGCCUCACGCGCUGUCAUCCGGAUCCCUUAUCGCCACCUCCCCAUCCCCACCAACUCCAGUUCUCAGUUGGCAUCCUGCUGCCUCGCUCCGCCCUGUCCUCUGUAACCAGUGACCGCCUUUGCUCUCAGGGAGCCCAGGGAGGCCAUGCUGGGGACCGCUCAUCCCCCACUCUCAGCGCUGACACCAGUGGCCUGGAGUUGUGGGGAGCAAGGGAGGGCAUCGAGGCUCCUACACCAGCUCCCUCCGCACCGCCCUGCAGAUCUCCGUGUGCCUGUCAUCUCCCUCUAUGAGCUGUGCC